AUGUCGACUGGUUAUUCGGGCCAUGUCAAUCACGACCGCAGCAACACACAAUCAAGAAACCCACCUCACACCCCAGACUCCACGCCACAGUCUGCUCCGAUGAGCGAAAUUUCACACUCGAGAUCGCCGAGCGCGAUGACGAGCAGCGCAAAAGCCCCCAUGGUCUCAAGAACUACUGUAGCAGACCAGCAGAAUGGCGAAACAAAACCUCCACAGAAGCAGAGCUUGGAUUACAUCUCGAGAACUGGGUUAGCAGGAGGACUGGCGGGGUGUGCGGCCAAAACCGUCGUGGCACCCCUAGACCGCGUCAAGAUCCUAUUCCAAGCCUCAAACCCGCAAUUCGCAAAAUACACAGGCAGCUGGUAUGGUCUUUCCGCAGCCAUCAGAGACAUCAAGCGCUCAGAAGGCGCAAUGGGCUUAUACAAAGGCCACUCCGCAACUCUCAUCCGAAUCUUCCCCUACGCCGCCAUUAAAUUCCUCGCAUACGAACAGAUCCGCGCAGUUGUAAUCCCGUCACGGGAUAAAGAGACUGUAUUCCGCCGACUGGCAUCAGGCAGCAUGGCCGGAAUCACAUCCGUCUUCUUCACAUACCCUUUAGAACUUCUUCGUGUGCGAAUGGCCUUCGAAACGAAACAGUCUUCCCGCUCUUCCUUGACAGACGUCUGCCGCCAGAUCUACAAUGAGCGCGCGCGGACCCCGUCAACAGGCUCCGCUGCCGCGGCUGAAUCUUCGACCGUCACUGCUGCUGAAAGUGCUUCCUCGGCUGUGAACAAGGUCGUGCCGCGCUCUGGACUGGCCAAUUUCUACCGCGGCUUUUCCCCUACGAUCCUUGGAAUGCUUCCUUACGCUGGAAUGUCGUUCCUCACGCAUGACACCGUUGGCGACUGGUUACGUCUCCCUGCUGUUGCGAAAUAUACUACCAUUCCUGGUUCAACGUCUAAGAGAUCUGACAAGGGUCCCCAGCUCACGGCUGUUGCAGAAUUAUCAUCCGGCGCGCUUGCCGGUAUGGUCUCGCAAACAUCUUCAUAUCCGCUCGAGGUCCUCCGCCGACGCAUGCAAGUGAGCGGUGCAGUUGGUGACGGACAUCGCAUUGGAAUUGCCGAGACUGCUCGUACUAUCUGGCUCGAGAGGGGAUUCCGUGGUUUCUGGGUUGGGUUGACUAUUGGAUAUAUCAAGGUUAUUCCCAUGGUUGCUACCAGUUUCUUUGUUUAUGAGCGGUUGAAGUGGUCACUGGGCAUUUAG